AGCUCGCAGGUUCUUGAAGCGCGCUCUCCCGAGCUUUCCCAUUCUUUCCGUCGUCUUUGUUUCUUUGAGGGACUUUAUAAGCUUGUUGAGCUUCGAGACCGCAGUCAAAUUGAAGGCUCCGCGGGAGAUUGUAGCCUCGAACGCCCUCUUCGCCGUCUUGACCGCCUUAGGAGGAAAAAUGAGAGAAAUUUUGCAUAUUCAAGCCGGUCAGUGUGGCAACCAAAUUGGUGCCAAGUUUUGGGAAGUCAUCUGCGAUGAGCACGGUAUCCACCCGACUGGAACUUAUCAUGGCGACUCCGACCUGCAGCUGGAGCGCAUCAACGUUUACUACAAUGAAGCCAGUGGUGGCCGAUACGUGCCGAGAGCUGUGUUGAUGGAUUUGGAGCCGGGCACAAUGGACAGCGUACGGUCGGGUCCUUUUGGCCAAAUCUUCCGACCCGACAACUUCGUUUUCGGACAGACUGGAGCUGGUAAUAAUUGGGCUAAAGGUCACUACACAGAGGGAGCUGAGCUUAUUGAUUCUGUGCUGGACGUUGUUAGGAAGGAGGCGGAGAGCUGCGAUUGCUUGCAAGGUUUUCAGGUAUGCCAUUCUCUUGGAGGAGGAACUGGUUCAGGAAUGGGAACACUCUUGAUUUCAAAAAUCAGGGAAGAGUAUCCAGAUAGAAUGAUGCUUACAUUCUCUGUCUUUCCUUCCCCCAAGGUUUCAGAUACCGUGGUUGAGCCAUAUAAUGCCACAUUGUCCGUCCAUCAACUUGUUGAAAAUGCAGAUCAAUGUAUGGUGCUCGACAACGAGGCUCUUUAUGACAUCUGCUUCCGGACUUUAAAGCUAACAACUCCAACUUUUGGAGAUUUGAACCACCUGAUUUCUGCAACUAUGAGCGGUGUGACUUGUUGUCUACGAUUUCCUGGGCAGUUGAAUUCUGAUUUGCGCAAACUCGCCGUCAAUCUUAUUCCCUUCCCAAGGCUGCACUUCUUUAUGGUUGGAUUCGCUCCCCUAACAUCUAGAGGAUCACAACAAUACAGAUCUUUGACAGUCCCGGAACUUACACAACAGAUGUGGGACGCCAAGAACAUGAUGUGUGCUGCGGAUCCCCGUCACGGACGCUACUUGACAGCCUCAGCUAUGUUCAGAGGUCGGAUGAGCACAAAGGAAGUUGACGAGCAGAUGUUAAACGUCCAGAAUAAGAACUCUUCUUAUUUUGUUGAGUGGAUUCCAAACAACGUGAAGUCCAGUGUCUGUGACAUUCCUCCGAAAGGUCUCAAGAUGGCAUCCACGUUCAUUGGUAACUCCACCUCGAUCCAGGAGAUGUUCAAGCGCGUAAGUGAACAGUUUACUGCCAUGUUUAGGAGAAAGGCCUUCCUACACUGGUACACUGGGGAAGGCAUGGACGAGAUGGAAUUUACUGAGGCUGAAAGCAACAUGAACGAUCUUGUUUCUGAGUAUCAGCAAUACCAGGAUGCGUCAGCUGAAGAUGAAGGCGAGUACGAUAUUGAAGAGGAUGGAGUUUGAGCGAAUAUGGGCGUUUAUAACUUUUUGAUUAUGUUCGAAUUGCUGUCUGCCAAGCAGUAGUGGGUACAGUUAAAUUUGGUAGAUGUGGUAUUCGAAUCAGCCAGUACCGGAGCAUAUAAACGCAGUGAGGCUCAAACUGUUCUUUGAAACAUGUUUCCACACUUCUGACCUUCUCAGGACAACAUUACAACGCUAUGAACGGAAGGUACAUCUCUUGAUAGGUAUUUCUCCAAGAUGACUUUAUCUUGUACUGCUGUAUUCACAAGCUCUUACCUUUCUAUGACCUGCUGUAAUUAUCCGUCUGAAAUUAUUGGUUGUUUUCGUCGUUA